AAUUUAUAAUACUUAGGAGUUUGUUUUUCACUUACAAGACGGGGGAAUGGUUGAGGAUCUUAUAGGGAAGGGACGUGAUCACAUUUGCCAAGGGUGCUCAUCACUCUUGUGAUACUGUCCUUGGUAACUUGAAGGUAACAAACUUGCAGGCGGGGAGCUCCAGGUUGGAGGCAGUUGGGAGUAAUCCAGACAAGAACUGAUCAGGAGCUGCGGUGCAAAUCGUAGGAAUGCAGAAGAGGGAACAUGCCAAGAAAGGGAACACACCAUGCGGCAUUGGAGCUGGAGGGUGGGAAGGUUGCAUUUAGAAGGAACAGCCUUCCUAUGAGCAUGGUGUCCUGAAGAGACACCCGCUUUCGGUUGGAAGAUCAGCAGUUCGCGACAGCUUAGUGAUAACAGCAAAGGGGGGGGGUAUGCGGCAUGACAAAGCAGUCGAGGGCUGAUGGGGAAGAGCUUCGUGUGCCAUGCCGAGGACGUUAUAGCUGAUCUUACUAACAGAAGUAUUUUUAAAAAGCGUUGAGUGGUGCAGUUGGGCCUCUAAUUUAGAAAGAUAGUCAACAUUGGGUUGCCAUUGCCCUUCUAGGCGCUUGACAGUGAUAUGUUUAAUCCUCAAAGUCACCCUGGUCGCUGGAUACCAUCCUUACCUCCACGCCGUAAAUGGGGAAACAGGCACAGGGAGCCUAGGAACUUAACUGUGGCCUCACACCUACCAAAUGGUACAGCCCCAGUUUAAAGCCUGGCAGUCUGACAGCAGGACUCUCGUCCUUCCCUUACACACCCUUGGUGUUUCUCCACCACCACACGCAUCAGGACCACGUGUAGCAUUUCUAAAGACGCAGUUACCUCCAUUGACUAAAGCCCAAGUGUCCAGAAGAGUGUUGAGCAGUACUUAUUAUGCAAAAGCUCCACCAUGAUUGUGCUACCCUCUGUUCCUGGUCGGGUGCUGCCGAUACCCCAGGUGGGCAGUCGGGUCAGUAGUCCAGGCGAGAACCGAGGGCCCAAGCUCAUGCGGUCUGUGGCAGAGAGGAGGAGGAAACAGAUUGAGAGGCUUACAAGGUAGAACUGGUCUAAGGGGCUGUAAGCAGUGGGGAAGAAUCAGAAUUGAGUCUAAAGAUGACAAAGUGGAGUGUUUACUUAGCUAGUGAUCUCAGCCAAGAUAGGAUCUCAGGAAGUGGGGUGGAUUUGAGAGCGUAACUGUCAGUCAGUCAGUUUUGAACACUUGGGUUUGAGGGUCUGGAGGUCUUCCCAUUAACAUGUCUUUUAAUAAGCAGAAUAUUGCUCUGGGGGUGCCUCUGUGCCCGCCACUGUGUAAGGGGCUUUCCUCACUGUUACCUCACACAGUCUGCCCCUCAGAUCUCUGAGAGGCCCCCUUUUACGGAGGAGUUCCUAUGGAAUGUGGUCGAGUUUGAAAUGAGCCUUCCUAAAGGCUUCCCCGUCUGUUUCAGCCUGGCAGAUGGGUCUCUCUUGGUGUGUAUGUAAACGUGUGUGUGCGACACAGAUGGUGGUCAGUACGAUGGGUUCCAGCCGGCGAUGAGCAGCGCCCUUUGUCCUCGCCAUUUUCCUUGCAGUUUCAAAGGGUUCGUGAAGUAGAGAUGCAGUGUUUUUCUGUUUUCUCUGUGGGGUGUGAACCUGGCGGAGGGUGAGGCGUAAGAGAACAAACUUGAGGCAUAGAUCAUCCGAUUUCAACCAAAUCUAUUUAUAGCUGAUGGUGGUGGAGAUGAGCGGCAGGGUUUUAAUAGUGUGAGAAAGCGUUAGGUGUGCCGGGUUAUGAGUGAACUCAGAACUGUUAUCCCUGUGUAUCAGCUCAUGCUUACGCUGUUGUUUGUCUCUGCUUCUCUGCCCCAGGUCCCUUGGGAGAAACUCCUUGAGGUGCCCAGGCUGAGACUGGGGGGUAAUGACGGUGUGAGCUCUAGAUGGUAUGAGACCCCUCCCCACAAGAGCCAAACAAUGGCUACAGCCUUGGAACCAGAGGACCAGGAUCUUUGGGAAGAAGAGGGAAUUCUGAUGGUGAAAUUGGAAGAUGAUUUCACCUGUAGGCCAGAGUCUGUCUUACAGAGAGAUGACCCUGUGCUUGAGACCUCACACCAGAACUUCCGGCGCUUUCGCUACCAGGAAGCCGCAAGCCCUCGAGAAGCUCUCAUUCGGCUGCGUGAACUUUGUCAUCAGUGGCUGAGGCCAGAGAGGCGGACGAAGGAGCAGAUCCUAGAGCUGCUUGUGCUGGAACAAUUCCUUACUGUCCUGCCUGGAGAACUGCAGAGCUGGGUGCGGGGCCAACGGCCAGAGAGCGGCGAGGAGGCGGUGACGCUGGUGGAGGGUUUGCAGAAACAACCCAGGAGACCAAGGCGGUGGGUGACUGUCCAUGUUCAUGGCCAGGAGGUCCUAUCAGAGGAGAUGGUGCAUCCGGGAGCAGAGCCCGAGUCACCUAGUGAGCUGCAGAACCCUGUGCAGAUCUCGACUCCUGAGGCAUCCUGUGAGGAAACCGUACAGAGCCCGGAUCUGGGGCCACUGGAAGAGCAGAGCCUGCGCCAUGAAUUGGAGUUCCAGCCCCUGCAGGAGAGCGAGGUUCCGGCGUCCCAGGACCCAUACCUUCCCGAAGAGAGGAACACUGGAAACCCAGAGAUGGUUGCCCUUCUUACUGCUCUUUCACAGGGAUUGGUAACUUUCAAGGACGUGGCUGUGUGCUUCUCCCAGGACCAGUGGAGCGACCUGGAUCCAGCACAGAAAGAGUUCUAUGGAGAAUAUGUCUUGGAAGAAGAUUGUGGAAUUGUGGUCUCUUUGUCAUUUCCAAUCCCCAGACUAGAUGAGAUCUCCCACGUUAGAGAGGAAGAGCCUUUGGUCCCAGAUAUCCCAGAGCCUCAAGAGCCUCAAGAGCCAGAAAUCCUGAGUUUUACCUACACAGGAGAUAGGAGUGAGGAUGAAGAAGAUUAUCUCGAGCAAGAAGAUCUGAGUUUGGAGGAUCUACACAGAUCGAUUUUGGGAGAUCCAGAAAUCCACCAGACUCCAGACUGGGAAAUAGUCUUUGAGGAUGAUCCAAAUAGACUUAACGAAAGAUUUGGUACAAAUAUUUCUCAAGUUAAUAGUUUAUCGAAUCUUCGGGAAACCGUGCCUCUCCACCCCUUGUUAGGGAGACACCAUGACUGUCCUGUAUGUGGGAAAAGUUUCACUUGUAACUCCCACCUUGUUAGACACCUAAGAACUCACACAGGAGAGAAGCCCUAUAAAUGUGUGGAAUGUGGAAAAAGUUACACGCGGAGCUCGCAUCUUGCCAGGCACCAGAAGGUCCACAAAAUGGGCACGUCAUAUAAAUUUCCCCUAAACCGGAAGAAUUUGGAUGAGACCUCCCCUCUGGUCCAGGCUGAGAGAACUCCACAUGUUGAGAAACCCUAUAGAUGUGACGAUUGUGGAAAACACUUCCGCUGGACCUCAGACCUUGUCCGGCAUCAGAGGACACACACAGGUGAAAAACCCUUCUUCUGUACUAUUUGCGGCAAAAGCUUCAGCCAGAAGUCUGUGCUGACAACACACCAAAGAAUCCACCUUGGAGGCAAACCCUACCUGUGUGGAGAGUGUGGAGAGGACUUCAGUGACCACAGGCGGUAUCUGGCACACCGGAAGACGCACGCAGCCGAGGAGCUGUAUCUCUGCAGCGAGUGUGGGCGCUGCUUCAACCACAGCGCCGCGUUUGCCAAACACCUGCGAGGACACGCCUCAGUGAGGCCUUGCCGGUGCAACGAAUGUGGGAAAAGCUUCAGUCGGAGGGACCACCUCGUCAGGCAUCAAAGAACCCAUACUGGCGAAAAGCCGUUCACGUGCCCUACCUGUGGAAAAAGCUUCAGCAGGGGCUAUCACUUAAUCAGGCAUCAGAGGACCCACUCAGAAAAGACCUCCUAGCUAGGUUCCCAUGUGAGGAGGUCUGGAUUCAGCCCUCACCUGGGGAUGGGCGAGGAGACGCCCUCUUGUCAGCCUGGGAAGACCUUUUCUGGGGAGUCUCCCUGACGUGCCCAGAUCUACAUCACCUCUUCCCACAGCUAACUAAAGUCCCCCAGGCAGAACCUCUCAACCUUCUUCUACACCUUGAGGAGGUUUUUUGCCCAAAGUACAACCUGGGUGGAGGCUUCUCCUUGACUGGAGUGUUCCUGCCUCUACCUCAUGGGUGUGAAGUAGGAGAUGCAGAAGACUUAACAAUAUCAUGGUUAUUAUACUUUCCCCUAAAUAGGCUGUUGCAUAUCCUAAAGACUGCUUCACAGCCUCAAGUCUAAAGUUGCCCAGGACAGCCCUUUAGGUUGGGUGAGGGACCGGCCUCUAGGAUUCUGUCCUUACUGGGCUCAAAUCUUAAAGCACACAGCCCUGAACUCAAGGCAGGAGAUUUGCAUCCUCAUGGCUCUGCCACACAUUCACGUGAUAACUACAAAUCUCUCACUGGUUCACUUCUUUACCAUGCACUUUCCUUUGAUACCUGGGGAGAGAUGGGAGAGGUGUCUGAUGGGGGAAAACGUUGAGGCUGUUUCACAUGGACCUUGUCAGGCUGCUCCCUUACCUGUUGCCAAAAUACCAGGGGCCAGACCCUGCUAGAAAGGAGGGUCUAGUCAGAAACCUCUUUAGUUGGGGGUGUUUUCCUGUUGGAAUACUCAUGCCCACCCUCCUUAGUGUUAUACCAGCCUCUUGGUUUUCCCCCUAGCACUUCUGCAAAAGGGAGAUGCAACAGCUGGGUGCCAGGGGAGUCAGUAAAGCAUAAUUACAUCACAGUGAAAUCAUUUACAUUCCCACAUGCGUACAAGCCCACCCACCCUGCCUUCUUUGCAUGGGUUUGCAAAGGGAUUUUGGAACCAUGUCGGCUAACAUAGGUACGAUAAUAAUUACAGAAUCACGAUUGACUGGGUCACUUCAUUUAUAUGAAGAACACAAGAAGACCUGAGACCAAAUUUUGAAGAAAAUUUUGUAAAAGCUGUUGCUGCUGGCUAAGGCCAUCAAGACUAUACUGACACCCAGCCCCUAUCAUCCCUGCCUUGGUUCUCUGAUAUCAGGGAAAAUUAUGAACCCCAGCACCUGGGACCCUGAAGAAUUUACCAGGAGUAAAUGGCUUUCAUGUAUUUGCGUUGUUUGCUUUUUCUUAUGUGAUCUCAUUUUUAUGUAAUUAAGAACUAAAUAGUAGUAUCUCAUGGCUGAUAGUAGGAUCUCUGUUGCCUGAUUAAGGAUCCUUGGAGAUGGGGAGGAAUAAUUACGAGUCUCCCCUGCUCUGCUUGUGGGAGUGGCAAGGACUGGAUGAGCGUCCUCCAUAAAUGGAGCAUAGGGUAUGGGAUUAAAGCAUGAGAAGGGAGAUUGUCUUCUGUGCCUGGUUUCUUCAGCUGUU